AUGUCAUCAAAAUAUGUUGUUCAAAAUGGUGAUGUUGCAGCUAUUGGUAUUGGAUUUAGAGCACCAAGUGGUAGUUUAACAAAAUCGAUUUCAAAUACAAAUCAACUAUGGGAUAGCUUGGUUAAUGGUUUCGAUGGUAUCGUAGAAACAUCUGAAAGAUGGUCUGAUAACUAUAGUAUCACUGGUGAUAUCGUUUGCAAAUAUGCAGGUCUUAUUCCACUUGAAGAAUGGAAGUCUUUUGAUCCAAUUUUCUUUGGCAUCAAUCCAAGUGAUGAACAUGUCAAUACAAUCGAUCCUCAACAAAGAUUAUUGUUAAAAUGUACAUGGGAAGCAUUGGAAGAUAGCGGUAUUGAUCCAUCCACAUUACGAGGCUCAAAUACAAGUACAUUUAUUGGUUCAUCAACUGUAGAAUACGAUUCUGCCAAUAAAUCACAUUUUGAAACCCAAACAAACAUUUUUGGUGCAUCAAUUCAUUCAAUAGCAAAUAGAAUAUCAUAUUGCUUUGAUUUUCGUGGAGAAUCUAUGACAAUCGAUACUGCAUGUAGUUCAUCCUUAAAUGCAAUACAUCUUGGUUGCAAAUCUAUCAAAUACGGCCAAUCUGAUGUAGUAUCUAUUGUUGGUGGUGUUAGUUUAAUACUUGACCCAAACAUAUCAAAAUCAUUAACCCAUUUAUCAAUGUUAAGUCCCACUGGAAAAUGCCAUACAUUCUCAUCGGAUGCUGAUGGAUAUGUGCGUUCAGGGUGUGUUGGUGUGGUAGUAUUGAAGAGUUUAGAACAAGCAAUCAAAGAUGGUAAUAACAUUUAUUGUGUCAUCAAAGGUUCAAGUUCAAAUGUAGAUGGCAACUAUGAUAAAUCAAACUUUUAUUCACCAUCAAAAUCAUCACAAUAUGAAAAUAUUAAAUCUGCAAUCAAAUCUACCAAUGGUCAAAUCAAUGCAUCUGAUAUUGAUUAUUUCGAAUGUCAUGGUACUGGUACACCAACUGGAGAUCCAAUAGAACUAGAAGGUAUUUCAAGAGUAUUUAAAGAUACAAACAAACAAGUUUUAAUUGGCUCCAUUAAAUCAAAUAUCGGUCAUGGUGAAGCAUCAUCAGGUGUAAUGGCAUUCAUCAAAUGUUGUGUAAUGUAUAAAAACCAAUCAUUUGUUCAAAAUAUCAACUUUAAAUCGCCAAAUCCUGAUAUCAAAUUUGAAGAAUGGAAUUUAAAAGUUGUAACUGAACCAACACCAUUUAAUAACAAUAGUAAAAAUACUGUAAUUGCUAUUAAUAACUUUGGUGUUACUGGGUCAAAUUGCUGUGUUAUUUUAUCUGAAUAUUGUAUAAAAAAAAGUCAAAACUUAAAAAUUAUAAAUAAAAAGUAUUUAAUACCAUUCUCAUCAAACUCAUCAAUAUCACUUGACAAAUACAAACAAAUUAUUAUGGAUAAAUCAGACAAAUUAGAUUUUAAUGAAUUUGUAAAUAAUCAAAUCAAAUAUAAAUCAACAUCACUCGUUCAAAGAUCAGUUAUUAUUGCAAGUGAUUGGGAAGAAUUUAAAGAUUCAAAAAAUGAAAUAAAAUCAUCCAACACAAACACCCUUUCAAAUAUUGCAGUUAAUAGAAACAAUCCAUUUACAGUAUUUAUAUUAUGUGGCCAAGGAUCACAAUAUAAUAGAAUGGCAUUAGAACUAUAUGAAAAUGAAACAAUAUUCAAACAAUGGGUUGAUAAAUUUGACAGUGAACUAUUCAAAUACUAUGGGCACUCUGUUUUAGAAAAGUUAAGAUCUAUUGAUGAUAAAGAUAUGAAAUCAGUACACGCUCAUACAAUUGCACAGCCAUCAAACAUUAUGAUUCAAGUAUCAUUAUUUGAACUAUAUAAACACUGGGGUAUCAAAGCAGAUUUAAUCGUUGGUCAUUCUCUUGGUGAAAUAUCAGCAUCGUAUUGCUCUGGUAUGAUUGACUUUGAAACAUUAUGUUAUUUAGUAUACCACAGAUCAAUUGCUCAAAAUAAAACAACUGGUACUGGUAGAAUGCUAUCUGUAAAUAUAAGUGCCGAAGAAUAUAUUUCAAAUUACUCAUCAAAAUACCCAACAGUCGACAUUGCUUGCUACAACUCACCAUCAUCAAUUGUAAUAUCUGGUAAAGAGCAUUUACUAAAUGAAAUUGUAGAUGAUUUAAAAUCAAAAGAUAUAUUUUGUGCUAUGCUAGGAACAUUAUCAUCACUCCACACAUCUUGCCAAUUAGUUAUUAAAGAUGAAAUAUGCUCAAUGAACAUUGAAUCAAAACAAUCAACAACACCUAUAUUUUCAACAGUCACAACCAACUUAUUUAACCACGAAACAACACCAUUCAAUUCAGAAUAUGUAUUUGAAAAUAUUUUACAACCGGUAAGAUUCACUCAAACCAUUUCAAACAUAUUCAAAUAUAUUGAAGAAAAUAACUUUGGAAACGAAGUAACAUUUAUCGAAGUUGCACCACAUCCAACACUAUCAUUCUAUUUAAAUCAAAUGAAAUCAACACAAUCACCAUAUUUCAAUAAUGGAGAAAAAAUAACCAUUCAUUCACCACUUCAUAAAAAGAGAAAUGAUUAUGAUGAAUUUUUAAAAUCAAUUUCAACACUUUAUGUAAACCACUCAUUUAAUAUUAAUUUUAAAUCACAAAUAGAUAACAACCAAGGGAUUUCGGUCAAUUUCUUACCAUUAUAUCAAUGGGAUGAUAAAAUUUAUUUUAAAAAUAAUUCAACAUAUGAAAAGAUCAAAAAAGAAGGACCUUCAAUUCAACAUCUUGGUAAUAAAAAUGAAUUACCAAAUAUAUCGUAUCAAACAUUCAUUAAUACUAAAAAACAACCAUUCCAAUGGCUAAAAGGACAUCAAGUAAAAAAUAAAUACUACUUCCCAGGGUGUGGAUAUAUCACUAAUUUAUUCAACAUCUACCCAAAUCAAGAUAUUACAAUCAGUUCAAUCGAAUUUAAAACACCAUUAAUAUUACAAGAUGAUGUCAAUCAAUAUAUAAAUACAAAUCAAUGGGUAUUGUGUUCCGCUGGUAACUUUAGUUUAUUCAAACAUGGUAACGAAAUAAACAGAAUCGAUAUUGAAGAAAUAAGAAAUAGUUGCAACUUUACCAAACUAUCAAAAUCAGAGCUAUAUGAUUCAAUUAAAAUCAAAACCGGAUUAACAUACAAAGGUUUAUUCCAAGGUGUCAAAGAAUGCUAUGUAGGUGAUAACUGUUCUCUAUCGAUUGUAUCAUUAAAUGAAAUUCAAAAUCAAAAUGAAUUCAAUCAUUUACUCAACAACGAUACAAUGAAAUCAUUCUUUAAUACUGCAAUACUAGAUACAUGUUUACAUGGAAUGCUUGGUUUUAUCAAACAUCAAUGCCAAAUCGUAUUAGAUAAAAUCGAAGGAUUAAAAUACUACGCUUCAAACAUUCCAUCACCAAACAAUCAAGAACAUUCUGAAAUAUAUGUAUAUUCUGAAAUGAAAUCAAGAAUCAAUGUAUACUCAUACUCUGGAUCCAUUAAUAUAAUGUUAAAUGAUGGGACAUUAUUAAUUGAAAUUACAAAUGUUAUUUGUACAUCACUUACACCAAUCAUUGACAAUACCAUAAUUAUCCCACCACCAUCCAAUGAAAUCUAUCUACCAAUUCAACAAUCAAAAGACUCUAUCAUUAAUAAACCACAAUCAUUCAAACACUUGUGUCAAUUAGAAGAAUUGGGGGUAGAUGAAAUUUAUCUACAUAAAGAAACAAAUGAACAUUUAUUAACAUCAUUUUACUAUCAUAUUAAUCAAAGACGUCCUACUAUCAACAAAGAAACAUUAUCAACAAUAGAUUAUAUUCAAUUCAAACAACUCUACUAUAACGAUGAAGUAAAUGAAAAUUAUUUUUUCUUUAUUUUCGAUAUUUUAAAAAAAUAUAAUAGUUUAGGUAUCAAUAAACAAUUGAAUGAAUUCCCUGACGGCCAUAAUGAUAAACAUAUUAAGCUUUUAAAAAAAACAACCACAGUUAUGGCAAAACAAAUAUUCCCAUUAAAAAAUGACGAUCCAAACAUUGACACCCCUCAAUCAUUAUUUGAAGAUAGAUUUAUAGAUCAUUUUUAUCAAAAAUCAAAUAUACUUAGACCAAUAAACAAUUUAUUAAGUGAUAUUGUUUCAGAAUCAAUUAAACCAAUUAUUAAUGAACCAAUAGUAUUCAGAAUCUUAGAAUUUGGAGGAGGUGUAGGCUCAUUAUCAGUUUCGGUAUUAAAUAAAAUCAACAAACUAUUAAAUGAUAAUCCUACAUCAAAUAUCGAUAUAGAAUACACAUGGAGCGAUAUUUCAGCAUCAUUUUUUUCAAACAUUAAAGAAAAACUUUCAAAAAUCAAAGGUGUCAAUAUAAUCUAUCUUCCUCUGGAUUUAGACAAGUCAUUAAAAAAUCAAGAUUUAAAAGCAUCAUACUAUGAUAUGGUUGUAAUGUCAUUUGUAUUACAUGUCGUAAAACAACUUAGAUUCAGUUUAAAUGAAAUCCAUAAUAUUUUAACACCAAAUGGCCAAAUUAUAUUUAUUGAACCACCAUUCAAAUCAUUGUUUACUGAUUCAGUAUUCGGUGUAUUCCCACAAUGGUGGCCAUCACCAGAAGAUAUUGACAUCAGAAAAGAUAGAAGCUGUAUGAAACAAGAAAGCUGGUACAAAUUACUAAACGAAUUUAAAUAUAAAGAUACAACAAUAUCUGGAAAUGAUAAUACACCCUUUUUAAUUCAAACAAGAAAAUCAAAUAUAAACGAAAUGUUAUUAUCAAAUAUUGAAUCAUUGAAGCAAUUAACAUCACACGAUAAUAUUAUAUUAUUUGGAAAUAGUAGAGAUGGUGCGAAAAUCAACAAAUCAUUCAAAUCAAAUCAACUUUUAAGUUCAAAAAUAAUACAAAUCGAUAACUUUAAUGAACUUAAUAACUGGAUUAUUAAAUCAAUCGAUUCCAUGAGACAAAGUAAAACAUUAAUAGUCUUUAUGAAAGCAAUCGAUCCAUUAGUUAUCAAUAAUUUUAAAGAAACAACAUUCGAAUACAUUCAAAUUAAUCAAAUGUUACUUCAACAUGAAAUUGAAAACUUUUUUAAACACGUUUUAAUACUAUUAAAUUCAACAUCAAACAACUAUUUAUCAUCAUCAAUCAAUGGAGCAGCAAGAUAUUUCGCAGAAUUCCCACAAUUAGAUCUUUAUUCAUUAGAUUUCGAUAAUAUUUCGAUUCAAAAUGAAAAUAUACUAUCGCUUAUCGAUAUAUUAAUAAAUCCAACAACAAAUAUUCAAAGAGAAUUCACAAUUAAAAACAACACAGUAUAUUAUGAAAGAUACAAAAAGCAAACUAAAAUUAAACAAUCAUAUAUUUCAAAUUCAUUCGAAACAAAUAAAGAUAACUUAAUGAUUCAACUUGAUCCUAAUUUAGAAUAUGUAUUAAAAACUAAAAAACAAGAAUUAAAACCAAACGAAAUCGAAAUCGAAGUUAAAGGUACCGGUAUCAACUAUAAAGACUAUCUUAUGUAUAUUGGUCAAGUAUCAAAUAGUGUUGAUCUCAAAUAUGGCAAAGAGGAAGAAGUUGAAAAUGGAGUAUAUCAAAUACCAAAUAUUGGAAAUGACUUCAGUGGUGUUAUUACUCGUUGUGGAAACGAUGUAAAGAAAUUAAAACUUGGUGAUGAAGUAUUUGGGGUUGUUUCAAAAACUAGUGGAUCACAUAUUAUAAUGGAUUAUAGAUAUGUUUAUUUUAAACCAUUAAAUAUCUCACAUAUUCAAGCAGCAUCUAUUCCAUCAGUUUAUACUACCUCAUUACACAGUAUAUUUUAUACAGGCAAUUUACAAACAGAUCAAACCAUUCUAAUUCAUUCAGCAUCGGGUGGGGUCGGUCUUUCAUCAUUGGAACUAUUAAAGUGUAAACAGCACAAAGGUUAUAUAUUUUUAACAGUCGGCUCAAAAGAAAAAGAAGAAUAUUUGAUGAAUAAAUAUGGCUCUUUUAUUACUGGUAUCUAUUCAUCAAGAAAUAAAAACUAUGUUCAUCAAAUUAAAAACAAAUUAAAGCAAUUACAAUGUGACAAAGAUCAUCAAGAUCUUUCAAUUACACAUUUAACACCAAACGACUAUAUUACAAACAAUCACUUUAAAUACAACUAUGGAUAUAACAAUAUAGAACUUGUUGAUUUUUCAGGACCAUUGUUUAAAAAUUUAUUAAAAAAAUUAUUCAAAAUGUUCAAUUCAGAUAAACUAGAACUAAUACCUAUUCAAAUGAUCAAUUUAAAGAUGCAAUCGAAUAUAUUAAUGAAAGACAACAUAUUGGUAAAAUCGUUAGUUUUUAAUGAACAAAAACAAAGUGAUUCUAUUAUUAUGAAAAACAGUUAUGAUAUAUCAAGAUUAGACAUCGGUAAAAACAUUUUAGUAACAGGUCAAACAGGUAUUAUAUUAGAAAUAAUGAAAUGGUUAGUUAAAUAUACAAACAAAUCAAUUGAUAAUAUUAUAAUUUUAUCAAAAUCACCAUUAAAAUGGGAAUUAGAACUUUUAAUCAAUCAAACUAAACAUCAAAAAGAUAAUACAAUUAAUUUCCACUUUAAUCAAAUCGAUAUCGAAGAUAAUAAUAAAGUUCAUAAUUUAUACACUUUGCAUUUUGCUUGCAAUACAAUUGACUCAUUAUCAAAAUAUAGAAAAUCAAUUGGACUACCAUCACUAUCAGUAAAUUUAGGUGCAAUAUCAUCAACUGGAAUUGUUUCAAGAAAUGAAGCAAUGGAAGUAAUGAUGGAAUCAUCAAUGAAUAAUUUUAUUUCACCACAAUUAAUUUUAAGUUCAUUAGAUCUCUUCUUUCAAGAUAAUAGCAAUCAUUCAAACUAUUGUUUGUGUAAUUUUAAUUUUGAAAACAUGGUAUCUUCAAAACCAAACCAUAAUUAUUCUAAACUUGACUAUCAAUCCAAUAUGGUUAAAAAAUCUCAUAUAUCAUUAGAUGGUGGAAGCAGUGAAGAAAAUUUAAAAAUUAAAGUUAUAAAUAAAAUAUCAGAACUACUUUCAAUCGAUGAGUCAAAAAUUAACUUGGAGUUCCAAUUAAAUCAGUAUGGUCUCGAUAGUUUAGUUAUUGUCCAAUUAAAGAACUGGAUAGAUAAACAAAUAGGUAGAAAUAUAAUUACAAUACAACAAUUACAAAUCAAUAGUAUAUCACAAUCACUGCAACUUUGGCCAGAUUUAGAACUAAUUGUACAUGUAAAUACCGAUGUAGACAUGGCUAACAUAGGAGCCAAUAACAAAGAGAUCCACAUGGAGAUACUAUCAACUUGGCAACUAAAAGUUAAAUAA